GCCUCAUCACUGACUAUCGACGACCAAGAAUAGAACACAUCAAACUCAAUAAUGAAGAUGCUCGAUUAUGAUCGAGAUGUACAUCGCACGAAGAAGGGAUAUAAAUAUGCUAUUUAUUCCGUGCUUCAAGCAAUACAGCAUCCAACAGCCAUACCAACCCCAUACAAUCAAUUGAACCCCAUUCUAUACUCAGCUCUCCGCUCACUAUCAACAACAAAAUGUUCUCCAAAACUCUCUCCCUGGCCUCCAUUCUGGCCCUUACCAUCUCCGCAUCCGCCGUCACCACUACCUGCUACAGCGAUUCAGGCGACCUGAAGAGUCUCGGAACUUCUAAAUACGCGAGCACUGAACUCUGCGCCAAGCAAUGCAGCGACCGUGGAGCCCCCGUCGCGGCUGUCUCCGGCGGCAACGAGUGCUGGUGUGGCGAUGAGGUGCCCUCGGAGGACUCCAAGGUUGAUGAGGAGAAGUGCAAUACCAAAUGCAAUGGCUGGCCCCAGUCUACUUGCGGUGGAGAUGGUUUCUGGGAGGUUUUGUUGCCUAAGGCUGAGGGCUCUGAUACUAAGCCUGCGCCCUCCGGUGUCCGUGCUGAGACUUUCGUCGCUUGAUUGGGUGGAUAACACUUCUUUUGCUUGAUCGCUGGGUAUGAUUUGAGUGGUGCCGUUAAGUUUGUUUAUAUCAUCGCUGAAACGAAUGAAUAUCUCGGAGAUGGGUCGACUAUGGACGGAUAUACGGCAAUUUUGAGUUUUCCUAGCUUUCGGCUACUGUACAAUCUACGUGCACCGUUGCCAUGUCCUAAAUGGCUUUUGUA